GAAUCUUAAUCAUAAGAAGGAUAUGAAAAAACAUUGUGACAUAUACAGUCCACUUUGUGCUGUUUAAUAUAUAGGAUCUUAUAAACAUGGUAGUUUAAGCACUUAUCAAGACAGGCUAUUACAGUACUUUAAAAAAAAAAUUGCUUGAUCCCAAAUAAAAUAAAAAAAGAAGUAUUCUCGCGUAUUUUUGGACGGAAUCCACAUAUGUUACAAGAGGGGCUAAAAUGAAACUAAGUUGUGCAAGGUGUAAUGACAGUUGGUAAACUGCACCGUGACCCUCGGGGGUGUAAUGUGUGCACGUUUCCGGUGUGUGUUUCUGUGGACCGUAGUUAUUUCCUAUUCAGGUUCCUGUGUUUCUUUGCUCUGUUUGAGCUGUGAAUACUUGUAAUGAAGUGAAGUGAAGACCCUGCACCUGGAAAAAAGCAGGGUGAUAGUCAUAGGAUUCCAGGUUAAACCGAAAGUGUCGUAUGGAUCCAUCGUCCACUGGACAUUGAAAAACGACUGUCUAUCCAUUUCGCGCAGCAAACAAAGCUGCCCUUUCCAGACCACUACAGCUCACCAGCUGGAAGAGAGAGCAGCGCAGAAAGCGGCCUAAGCUGGCCGCAGUCCGUAGAGCAGGAGACCGCCGGGGCCCUCCAUCCUGCCCGCAGUAGCACAGGAGUGCGAUAUAAUUUAUCACUGAAAACAAGGUUGAUUGGUUGCGGCAGGCGCACAAGGGCUUCUGUGUGCGGGGAGGAUUCACGCCAUGGAUGGUCACUGCCAGCAGAGAGUCUCCAGUCUAAUGUCAGCUCGGUCUUCACCGUCCCUUUAAUUAUCCGGACUGAGUAGUCGCCGCUGGAAACGGAAGAUUGACGAGUAUUCCAAGCCACGCCCCCUCACUCUCCUUGCCACCGAGUCCGCCCGUCGCCGCCUCCCCCCCUCCCCCUUCGCUCGAUGAGCCACACCCCAACUCGCACGCCGGAAGCCGAAUCCCCACGUCCGCGGCAGGAUGACGGAGGCGUGGCAGCAGCACGCGGUGGCCCCGCCCGCGGCGGUGCACACCAUCCCUCAGGGGGUUGAGAACGCGCUGGGCUGCGCCGUGUACGGCAUCGUGCUCCAGCAGGACCCGGGCCUCCAGCAGCAGCACCAGCAGCAGCAGCAGCAGCAGCAGCCCUCCCUGCAGGUAGGGGGCGACAGCGGCCACAAGUGCGGGGCCUGCGGCCACGACAUCUCGCACCUGGCCAACCCGCACGAGCACCAGUGCGUGGUGAGCCAGGACCGCUCCUUCCAGUGCACCCAGUGCCUGAAGGUGUUCCACCAGGCCACCGACCUGCUGGAGCACCAGUGCGCCCAGGUGGAGCAGAAGCCCUUCGUCUGCGGCGUCUGCAAGAUGGGCUUCUCGCUGCUCACCUCGCUGGCCCAGCACCACAACGCCCACAGCAGCGGCAACCCCAUGAAGUGCUCCAUCUGCGAGAAGACCUACCGGCCCGGCUCCUCCGGCAACACCACGCCCACCUCCUCGGGCUCCAACCCGCAGCAGCCGUCCUCCUCGGCCGAGGGGGCGGCGGCGGCGCUGGGCUCGCCGGCCCCCGCGGGCUUCGAGGCGCCCCAGCCGGCCGAGCGGCCCUACAAGUGCUCGGUGUGCCAGAAGGGCUUCCGCCACCUGUCGGAGCUGUCGCGGCACGAGCGCGUGCACACGGGCGAGCGCCCCUACAAGUGCGACUCGUGCGACAAGAGCUUCAGCCAGUCCUCGCACCUGGCGCACCACCGGCGCACGCACAGCGACGAGCGGCCCUACAAGUGCGCCGCCUGCGACAAGGGCUUCAAGCACCGCUCGCACCUGGUGCGCCACAUGUACGCGCACGCCGGCGAGCACCUGUUCAAGUGCAACCUGUGCGAGCUCCACUUCAAGGAGUCGUCGGAGCUGCUCCACCACCAGUGCCAGCCGCAGGCCGAGCGGCCCUUCCGCUGCGCCACCUGCGGCAAGGGCUUCCGCCGCCCGUCGGACCUGCGGCAGCACGAGCGCACGCACUCGGAGGAGCGGCCCUUCCGCUGCGAGGAGUGCCAGAUGAGCUUCAAGCAGCCGUACGCGCUGGUGCGCCACCGCCGGACGCACAAGGGCGCCGCCGAGCGGCCCUACAAGUGCGCGCUCUGCGACAAGGGCUUCCUGCAGCCGUCGCACCUGCUCUACCACCAGCACGUCCACGGCGUGGAGAGCCUCUUCAAGUGCGCCUCGUGCCAGAAGACCUUCGGCCAGUCCGGCGAGCUGCUGCGGCACAAGUGCGGCGAGGCGGCCGAGGCGGCGGCGGCGGCCGCCGAGAGGCCGCACAAGUGCGAGGCGUGCGGCAAGGGCUACAAGAAGGCGUCCACGCUGCAGCGGCACCGCGGCUCGCACUGCGGCGGCGGGGGCGGCGGCGGCGGGGGCGGAGGCGGCGGCGAGAAGCCGCUCAAGUGCUCGCUGUGCGACCGGCGCUUCCCGACGUCGUCCGACUUCGUGCAGCACCAGUGCGACCCGGCGCGCGAGAAGCCCCUCAAGUGCCCCGACUGCGAGAAGCGCUUCAAGUACUCGUCGGACUUCCAGCGGCACCGCCGCGUCCACACGGGCGAGAAGCCCUUCAAGUGCGCCAGCUGCGACAAGGGCUUCAAGCAGCGCGAGCACCUGGUCAAGCACGGCAGCGUGCACGCCCGCGAGACCCAGUUCAAGUGCGUGUGGUGCGGCGAGCGCUUCGGCGACCUGGGCGCCCUGCAGGAGCACACCGUCCAGCACACGGCCGAGGGGGGCGGGGCCGGGGGCGGCGGGGGCGGAUACCCCGAGGCCGCCUGCGUAUAGUCCACCCCUGACCCCCCCGACCCCCCCCGAACCAGCGCCCGAAACCUGCCCCCGCGUCUCGCUGCUCUCAGACUCAAACACGGUCACGCGUUCGGACACACACACACACACACGCGGACACACACACACAAACACGCGCACACACCCUUCUUGGUGCCAAGGCUUAGUGCCCACCUCCACCAUAGAACAAGCGUACCGCUACGUGAACACACGGGCCCAGCUGGAAUGUGCAGGAUGUCAAGAGGCCACAGAAACGUGCAUAUCAAUCACGUUAUUUGGAAAUGUGUAAAAUGGGGAGGGGGGGUGUCGGGGGUUGUGGGUAAGGGUGUUCCCAUCUUCUGAAAGGCCCAAAUGAACAAAGCAUGGAGAGAAUCAAAUGGACAGCUGCGGUGGUGGUUCUGGGAGAUACAGGGACAUGAACCAGAAACCAGCUGCCAGUGGUUCUGAGCCCCAGGGCAGAGCAGGGCGGAGCUAGCCCACAAGGUCAUACCUCCACCAAGCAACGCGAUUGGUCACGCCUGGGUCACCUGACUGCCCCCUGCUUCCUGUGCUGCUGCCUGGUGGAGAUGCUUCAUUAACAAUCAUGAACGGUCAUCGAGACAUUUUCCAUCUUCAUGGCCAUAUUAGGAAAACUAUGAUUUAAAAAAAUGUAAGGGGAAAUUGUCUAAUUAUUAAAUAUUGUGUGUCUAUUUUCUGGGUCAACGUGGUUACUGCUGGACUUACCAAAGCCUCCACUGUACGACAUCCCAAUGGGAUGUACUGAAAUCGCUAUGGAAAUGUACAGAAAUGUGUAUACACUUCUAAUUUCUGCCCAUAUAUAUACAUAUAUGUAUAUGUGUGUGAUCCCAGCAGCUAAGGAUUAUGGGUCUGUCACCCCUACAAUGGCUAGGGACUGUAGAAGGCCCCCUUGUCAUUACUGUAUGUACAUAAAUAGUAUGUAUGCUAGUAUGUUUUCGAGUUGUGACGUAGGAGUUGCGUUGUAUGCGUUUAUAAAAGUGCACCUGCUAUUUUGCCCAUUGACACUUUAUUUUGUGGUUAUUUUGUUAUGAAAUUUUUUUUUUAAUGGCAAAUUAUUGUACCCUACAUGUGAUUUCACUCCAGUGGUUUGGUGUUCUUGUUGUGUUUGUGGGGGAGGGGGGGGGGGAGGGGCUUCCGGCCUCAUAUUGCGCGGGGUGAAAAUUUGGCGAAGGAGAGGCCGAUCCUUGCGGCGCCUCUUUCGCUAACGGCGUUCCCCGCGGCAUGCUGGGACGGCACCGCAGCCAGGCCAAGGUCGCCGGACGCAGCCUCCAGUGGGCAGGUUCAUUUCGGGGGGUGCUCAGACCAGCGGUUCUCCCGCUCCGUCCUGGGGCUCCAGUGCUGGUUUUUGUUCCAACCGUCAUUACAACUUCCAAACGGUGACAAGCUGUAGUUGGUCUUCAUUCGACACUUAGCAUGUCCGUUGAAGAAUGAUUCACUACUUAAGGCCACGGUAUGUCAGAAAUGAAUAGAGAAUAAGUGUUCACAUCACAGGACUAAUCAGCCAGGUCAUGCAAUGCUCCAAACUUUUGUGAUGUGGUCUAUGACAAAUUAUUCCUUUUGGAAGAGGCUCCGUUUUUAAUUGAGGUGAUUAGAAUCUGGCAGGGACUUCAUUGCUGAAAGUACGGUCAGCUGGUCAUCGAAACACUUUUUUUUAUUUUUUAUUUAGAAAUUAAGAGUUUGAUGAUGGAACAAAUAGAAUUUGGGCAAAUGUGCGACGUUUUAAAAUUUAAGGAAGUAAUUAUGGUAAAACUUGCUUGCUACAACCUUAAUUGGUCGAAAGCACCAGCAAUACACAGUGGACCCCCAGGACUAAGUUUGGGAACGACUGCUUGAGACUAGCCGGACCAGCAGCUCUCCGUUCUUAACUGUAAUGGCUAAAUCUCUCUGCUGCAGAAGUUGAAGCUUGAGCCAUCUUAUGCAUAUUCACGAAGGGGCACGUCCAAAAAAAAUAAUUUGUUGCCAUGGAGGUUCUAUUCUUGGGCCCACCGCUUCGCGAAUGUUCAUGAACUAAUAUGGCGCCUGAAUCUCGUUACCAAUCGGGUCCUCCCAAGGUGAAGAAGCAGGGUCUGACAAUCUGGUUGCUGUAGAGAAUCUGUGGUUUUGUAUCUCUUGUAUUAUGGAGGGGGGCAGGGGCAGAGAGCUGAGCCUGCCCAUAAGGAUGGAUAAAGCUCAUUGCUUAUCACACUCACGGUGCUCAUCCCAUACUGCAAACGAGCUGCCCAUCUGACCCCGGCCCUCUCCCACUGGCCCUUAUGUGAUUUAGGAAGAUACUGUAAAAAUACAAAUGGGAAAAGAAAACUGUCAAAAUGGAAGAAAUGUACAGAGGUCAGAGGUCGCAGGUCAAAGACUGCUACUGAGGGUUUUGCCUAACCGUUUGUUGAUUUACGUUUGUGCAUCAUUUUUUUUUUUUUUUUUUCACUGCCUGUCUUGGAAAUGAUCAUGUGAUAUUUGGCCUCCAGACUGAAGUGUUGCUUGGUUUUUAUUUAUUUUAUUUUUUUUUGUGGGGGGGGGGGGAGAAUUGUAUAUUAAAUAUGAAUUAUUGUAAGUGCCAGUUUACAGGAGCCCCGAAGGGUACAAUUGGCCUGGGGUCAAAGGUCAAGGCCCUGUCCUGGUGGGGGCUAUGCUGAUAUUAAGUGUUACAGUGCAGGUGAGGUUUCGGGGGGGGGGCGCGUGGUGGAGAGACGGCACUUCAGCGCAGAUACGCGGCUCUGUUUCCCAUCAGGCCCUGGGCACCGCAGGGUCCAACUCAGUCUGAUAAGCUCCGCCCUCCGAGCUGCUUCAGACCGCCCCCAGCUUCUCCGGGGAAACAAACCCAAACGACCCCAGUCGAGGGGAGUGACACUGAGUAACAAAAACCGUAGGGUUGAAAGAAUUUUUUUUUUUUAAAUGUAUGUUUUGCAUGUAUGCAAGUUUAAGUGUAUUUUAUUUUAAUUAUUAAAAAAAACUUUAUAUAUAUAUAUAUAUGGAAAAAUAUCUAUAUUCUCAGUAGGAAUAUGAAGGGAUGAGUCAUUAACAGACUGGUUAUCUGGAGUGCAGAUACCAUGACCUUUGACCUGGGCAGUGGGAAGUAGUUAGCCCCUCCCCUUGCCGGUGUCAGCCCUGUGCAUGCUCACGGUGUUAGCCUCUGUGUACGUGUUCCCCUGUUCUUUUUUUUUUUUGUUUCCCCCCCCCCCCCACCCCCACAUUUGUAGUUUCUGGAAGAUUCUUUUAAAGCUGUAUGUGUGGCAGUGGAAGUGUACACUCGAGCUAAAGCAAUCUCUAGCGUUUAAUACACACGGCUCCAACGAAUAAAACCUUUUCCAUGAA